AUGCAAACCCCAUCGACAUUAUCAUCGGCGCUGAGGUGUGUGUUCUUCGAUCUAUCCAAGGUUUCUGGGAGUAUUCAACUUGGUAAUUCUCUUCCGACCAGGGUUAGCUCGAUCCUCGGUUGGAUAGUAUCGGGAAAGGCUUCGUACGGUACUCCCACGACUCCAGUAAUCGCUGAACUACACCAGUGGAUGGAGAAAUGCUGGGCCAUCGAAGAAAACGACACUUCACCUUGUUCCUCCGUCGAAGAAGCAGCUUGUGAAGGACGCUUUGAACGAACGGUUAGGCGCAAUUCCGAAGGAAGGUACAUCGUUCGUUUGCCGAUAAAGGAUGACGUCAUCAAGCAAAUUGGUGACAACCGUCGCACUGCUGUUCACCUUUUUCGGAUGCUGGAAGGUCGCCUCGGUCGCAACUCUGAACUUGCACAGCAAUAUCGGGACUUCAUAGACGAGUACCUUGCUUUGGGUCACAUGAAGCAAGUCUUUGACUAUCAAUCACCACCGUCUCCAUGCUAUCACAUGCCUUACCACGCUGUGGUUCGAGAAGACAGUACUACAACAAAGCUACGAGUAGUCUUCGAUGCAUCGUGUAAGACUCCAGAAGGACCAUCGUUCAACGAUGCACUCAUGGUAGGCCCAACCGUCCAGCAAGAGAUCCGUUCAAUCAUCAUGCGUUCCAGAAUCCGUCGAGUGAUGAUCAUCGCUGACGCCAAGCAGAUGUAUCGUCAAGUUUUAGUAUACGAGCGUGACACUCCGCUUCUACGAAUAGUCUGGACGCCAUCACUGGACCAGCCAUUGGGUACCUACGAGCUCCUAACAGUUACCUACGGUACUGCAAGCGCACCGUUUCUCGCUACUCGAGUUCUCCUGUAA